GGCUUGGUAAGGAAGCGCACAUGUUGCAGUCAUCAGCACUCCCGUCCCCAUUCUUGACACGCGAAUGGCCGGAUGCUGAUGUUGAGUUUGUGGCCUAUACGAUAGGAGUCUGGCGCGAACUUCUGCCAUUGCUUGCGCAACGUCAGCGCCAGGUUGUUCGCUCGGUGAUUCAAGCUGUUAGCCCACUGCAGGAGGCUUUGUGCCGGUUUAGGUGUGAUAGUGCAAUUCGUGUGGCCGCCAACAAGAACGCUGCAGUCAUUGCUUUCUUCACGUCCUUGCUGCGUUGGCCGGAUGUGUGGCAAGCUAAGGAGAUGAUUCGGGGCUUUUCCAUUGUGGGUGAGGACCCUGACACUCAAGCUUGGCUUGCGUCGGAUGCGGUGGCUGCUGUCGAUGCCAUUUUGCAGUCGUCUCCAGGCAAGCAUGCUGCAGAGAUCCAGCGCGUCACCGAGAAAGAGCAUGCAAAGGGCUUCUGUAGUGAAUGGAUGACCCGUAGCCAGCUGAAUGCGCGCUUUGGGCGCGGUGGUUGGCGGCCGCUUGAGCGUUUCUUGAUUGUGCAGGCGGAUGGAAAGCUUCGAGUGAUUGACAAUGCCAGGCGGACAGGCCACAACCUUCACACGGAGAUGAAUGAGACUAUCCAUGUCGUCAGUGUGGAGUUUGUGGCGGCGGCGGCCCAGCAGGUGGCGAAUCAUCUGCCUCCUCAUGAGCGCCCUCCUCAGGAGACUUCCAGCUGGUUGCGCAUGCGCAUUGCUACUGAUGACUUGCCUGAUGCCUAUCGUGGGCACCCAGUUCGGGAUGACCAGCUUUGUUUUUCUAUAGUGGCGGUCUUUGUGGAGGGGGCUGGCUGGCGCUUCACCAUCCUCUACGGCUUGGCUUUUGGCUUGGAGUCAGCAGUGGUUAAUUUCAACAGAUUUCCCCUGUUGGCAGUUGCCGUGUGCCGCCGAUGCCUUUCGGGUAUGAAUGCAGCUUAUUUCGAUGACGAGCUCUCCGUUGAUUUUCAUAGUGAGAGUGCCGUGUCACAGCUGGCGCUCAAACUGGUCUGCAAGGCCUUUGGUGCUGAACCUCAAGCUGCAAAGAGUUUUCCACCUGCCCCAGAUAGAAAUUACUUGGGCACCUCAGUGCAUGUGGGAGCUUUUCUCUGCGAGGGCACCAUCUGCGUUCAGCCCAAGUUUGCCACAGUGGUUAAGGUUUGUACGCGUUUGCAGGCCGCUUUACAGUCGGGUACUUUGCCUCGAGACCUUGCAGGCCGUCUCAGGGGCGACUUGAUUUGGCUCUUUUCUGUGAACUCCGGCUAUGGUGCAAAGUACGCAAGUCCAUUGCUCACUCGGUUCCAGCAUGGUGAAUCUGAGGUGUUGCCUGCUGAGGAUAAGCUGGUGCUACAGUCGCUGCUGGCCAUUGUCCUGCAGGCGCCGCCGCGUAUGUUCUGUUUGCAGGCUUGUGCACGGCCUUUCACUCGCGUUUACAGCGAUGCUUCCUUUGAGGGUGGUGUCUUACGGUUAGGAUGGGUUCUUUUCCCAUCCGACGGUGCCCAACCUCAAGGAGGUACCUGCUUGGUGCCGUCUGCAGUCUUGGAAUCGUGGAAAUCCAGACGUCAGCAGAUUUAUCCUGGCGAGACUUUAGCUGUACUGCUGGUCCCGAUGUUGCUUCCCCGGUACUUUGUGGCCGCUGAUGUGCUAUGGUUCAUCGAUAAUCAAGCCUCUGUUACGGCUGUCAUUAAGGGGUGCAGUGCGGAGGGUGAUGUGCAUGAAAUCGCCCAUCUGGCAGCUGUGUCGCGCUGUGCCCAGCAGACCAAGGUAUGGUUUGAAUGGAUAGACUCAGACUCUAAUCCUUCCGAUGGCCUAUCCCGUCUGGGGCUGCUGGACCCCUGGUCUGCGCAGCAGGAUUGGUUCUUGCAGGAGUUCUCCUACCCUGCGGAGGCAUUCCGUUCAGCUGUUGUGCAGGCUCUUUU